AUGCAGGGUCGAUGGCUGAUAGAGGCAUUGGUCCGGCCUGUCACGACAGCCUGUGCCGUACAUACACAGCGCAGCUCGCAGGAUCAAGCUGGCUUUGCGCCGCUCAAUGGCGUGUUUGACGAUCUGGCCAGUGCUUGGAGCGGUCUGCAGCGUCUCCGCAUGUGCAGCAACCAUAUGAGGCAGCUCGCUAGAUGCCGACAUCCCAAUAGCGAGGUUAGCUGGGGCGCCGAAUGCAACGUCAAGUGUCAUGGCGCCGUCGGUACGGCCUAG